AAUGAAUGAAAAUAAAGAAAUGAUUCAACAUGACUAUUAGACACAACUCAAAGAUUUCUAUGAACAAACCCAAGAGAUUGUCAGUUAAAUCUAAUAAGGAAUUCGAAUUAAGAAAGUAAAAGAUUUUAUUUCAUAUUCAAAGGAGAUACCCAAUCAAAUCAAUAAUUUAAUGACACAAUUAAAACCUAUUUUGGAAUCUAUCUCUUAGAAUGGUGAAAUUCAAAAAUAUAACUGGCUCCAUUUGAGAUCUCUUAUUGUCAUUACAACAAGAAAUAUGUUAUUAAAUAUGCAAAAGCUUUUCCCAUAUGAAAAGACUGCUCAAACUGAAGGCUUUGAAGAUGAAUUAGAUAUAGUACUUCAAUUCCUUUGUGUUUUUGAAUAAAAGUAUAUUAUUUUUCAUCUAUUAUACUAGGCCACCUUUUACUUUGUAACGAAUAUGUGAAUUGUUAAUUGAUCCCUAGAAACAUUACAAAUCAUCUAAGAAAAUAUUAUUCGCAAUGGAGAAAUUAGUAAAUGUAAGUACAUGAUAUAUAAUUCUAAUAUUUUAUU